AUUCAAGGUUCUCAAAUUCGCGUGGUAUCGUUGCGUGACAGUUCCCGCCAUUUGUGUGGUGCGGUGCUGGUGACCAAAGAGGUUGCAUUGACAGCUGCUCAUUGUGUACAAGCACCGUGUCAAUACGUGCUGCAGCUCAGCAACUUGUGUGAUGAUACGCGACAAGCUACGGUAUUGGAAAUCAUCAAACACUCGGAAUAUGACAAAUAUACUCGGGCGCACGACAUCGCCUUGCUUCGGAUACACCUCGACGCACACAAUAUCAAUUGGACAGACGACAAUAUAUUACCCAACACAUCGUUUGGUUUAUCAGGUGAAUGCUUCGCAUACGGCUAUGGUACCACAGAUUCAAAAACAGAAAUAAUACCGGAGCGUUUGAAAGCCGCGAGAUUAAAAAUAAUUUCACUUGAUGAAUGCACUGACAUUUUAGGCUUAUAUGUAGCGCCUAGGUUUGACUAUGGUAUGUUAUGUGCAAUUGGCAAUAGAGAGGACACCUGUCAGGGUGACUCUGGUGGACCAUUAAUGUGCGCAGGAAAGCUACAUGGAAUCAGCAGCUACGGAUUGAGCUGCGCGGUGCCAACCGUACCAGGGGUAUACACUAGUAUUGGUAUGCAUCUACCUUGGAUUUACCGUACUAUGGAAAUUAUUGCGAAAGAAACACCAUAGUUUUUAUUUGUUUAGAAAAUUACAACCCAAAUAAUUAAUCCUUUUAUUUCUUCGCCAUUUAACCUUUUUGUAAAUGCAAAUGUUUAAAUGUAUAGUUGGACGUUAGAAGGUAUCUCCAAAACAACUUUAUGGAUCUCACGGAAACUUGGGGUAAAUUUAGAACUUACUCUGGAUGAACACCUAGUUUACUUAUUAAGCGUGUUUACUUCAACGCGGAAUCAAAAAAAUAAUAAUACCUUGCUUUAAUUUCAUAGUCGGUUGUAACCACUGCCCUAUAUAAGUAGACUGGCUGUAAGUCGUAGUAUUUUGUGCCUAUUUGAUUUUCGCCAUUGUAGCGCUGAUGGUAGCGGUGGUGGGGAACCGAACUAAAAAUAUAGAUAUAAUUAACUGUCAUGUAACAUCAACAGGCGCUUUUUAAUUGGAACGAAGCAAGUACUGUCAUUUCCAGGCAAUCGCUUAUCUAUUCAUA